GUCACAUAGGCAGUCCCAACUAAUUCACAAAUAGGCCUACGCAUUUUAUUUCAAGUGCUCUCUGAUUCCCCACAGCGAUCAAUACAGGGGCUGCAGUUCUGUGUUUUUUUUCGAAUCCAUGUUGAAGUUUUUGCUCUCAGACUUGAUCGCAUUACCGCUGGUUGGGUCAUUUCAGGCCAGUGCACGCGUUGCAUCCAGAAUCUCCGUGCUCCGAGGACCAAGCUGAGAGAAUCCAACUGAAGACGGAAUGCAUUGGCAUUGUGUGAGAAAAUAAUAUUUGCGGACAAACUGCGUGGCCUAUGUGGUUUGCGUCCGGAGGGAGCUUUAUGGCGCCUCGAACCUGCCUGCUGUGAGACUUCACAGCUCCCUCCAGCUAACAUGUUUUAAAUAUCCCCUCUCUGGACAGCGAAAUUCAGCACACAGAGACCGGUAUCCCCAUGUCUGUGGAUACUCAGAGGAUGAAGCGUAGACCUUAAACCCCAGCAGUAUGUCAGACCAAGCAGACAAUUGCACCCAGCACUGGAAACAUGAGGUCAUGCAAAAUGGGUACAUACCGAGUUAUCUGGACAAGGAUGAGCUUUGUGUAGUGUGUGGAGACAAAGCUACAGGAUAUCACUAUCGCUGUAUCACCUGUGAAGGUUGCAAGGGCUUCUUCCGACGGACAAUCCAGAAGAAUCUCAACCCUACAUAUGCAUGUAAGUACGAGGGAAAAUGCAUAAUCGACAAAGUGACCAGGAACCAGUGCCAGGAAUGUCGCUUCAAGAAGUGCAUUGCAGUUGGCAUGGCAACUGACUUGGUGCUGGAUGACGGUAAGCGGCUGGCCAAGCGGAAGCUGAUCGAGGAGAACAGGGAGCGUCGUCGGAAAGAGGAGCUGCAGAAGACAGUGUGGGACCGCCUUGAGCCCACGCAGGAGGAGUGGGACCUGAUUCGCAUGGUCACUGAGGCCCACAUGGCAACAAAUGCCCAGGGCAACCACUGGAAACAGAAGCGAAAAUUUUUGGUCGAGGAAGCAAUGCUACUUAAUGAAAUAACAUGUAAUUUAUUCUAUACCUCUGACCAGAGUGCAGUGGGGGUGAAGGAAACUAAGCCAGAGGACAUUGGUCAAGGACCCAUCAUAAAUGCACCUGAGGGAAGCAAAGUGGAUAUAGAAGCCUUCAGUCAGUUUACUAAAAUUAUCACCCCCGCCAUCACCCGUGUGGUGGACUUUGCCAAAAAGCUGCCUAUGUUCUGUGAGCUGCCUUGUGAAGACCAGAUCAUCCUGUUAAAAGGCUGUUGCAUGGAGAUCAUGUCGCUGCGGGCCGCCGUGCGCUACGACCCCGAGAGUGAGACGCUCACACUGAACGGAGAAAUGGCCGUCACCCGUGGCCAGCUGAAGAACGGGGGACUGGGAGUGGUCUCAGAUGCCAUCUUUGACCUUGGAGUGUCACUAUCCUCCUUCAAUCUGGAUGACUCGGAGGUGGCUCUUCUGCAAGCUGUCAUCCUCCUGUCAUCCGAUCGGCCAGGUCUGACAAGUGUGGAACGGAUCGAGCGCUGUCAGGAGGAGUUCCUCCUGGCUUUUGAACAUUACAUCAACUACCGCAAACACAAGGUGGCCCACUUCUGGCCCAAGCUGCUGAUGAAGGUGACAGACCUGAGGAUGAUCGGAGCAUGCCACGCCAGCCGUUUCCUGCACAUGAAGGUGGAAUGUCCCACCGAGUUGUUCCCUCCACUCUUCCUGGAGGUGUUUGAGGACUGACCUGUGUGUGUGUGUGUGUGUGUGUCAAUGUGUGUGUGUGUGCCUGUGAGAGCAUGGAUGGAGGGAACAGCUGCACGUCUCAAUACAGUGAACUUCUAUUAGCACUACUGAGUGUCACUUCAUUCCAUAGUUUAGGAGUACCUCUUGGCCUAAUCUAGAAUGGAACCAUUCCUUACGAUGCGGGUACAUGUGAAUAGAAUUUGGGGUCUCUGUUUUUAAGAUGUCCUCUCUCAGUUACAAUUUGUGUUUGUUUUGUUUUAAUUGUACAGUGGCUUAUUGUUGAUAAUAUUGACUCGAUGUUGACAGCACUUAUUUGGUCACAGGAACCAUGCAAAUGUUGUUUCCUUUUGUAUUCUGUUUAAAAUGGACAGACUCCAACCUGACAGUCUAGUCUAGGACAGACAGGACAUGUGGAUUUGCCAGUUCACCUGUUUAGACCUGGUAGUAAGUAACACUACUCAAAAACUGUGCUUGCACUGUACCGAGCCUCAAGCAUUUCUUUACAAUUUGCCAGGCAUGGAACAGAUCAUCCACUGACAAUCACAACUCAAGGUUUGUUUCUCAGCUUGUCCCUCACACGGAUGCAGGAAUUAAGACAAUCCUUUUAAUGUUGUGUCUGUUUUGUGAGUGAUGCCACACAGUGCCAAAACAUUGUUCAUCAUACCUAAUUAUUGGGUCCUUAAUUGGAAGGUCCCGGAUGCAUCUUUCAAACUGUCUCGUCUGUAGAAAUGUGUUUUCUGCCAUUAUAAUACACUCACUAUGUGACAAGAAAUGUGUGUUUUAGUCCCACGAGCUGCAACACCUAGAUGUGGUUUAUGUCAUGGAGCUAGUGUUGGGCUGGUGGGGGGCCAGGAACUCACUGACAUGGGACAUUUGCAAGUGGGAUUCAAAAGCAAUGUUGCCCAAAUAAAAUCACAUGCAGUCAGCAGACUACAGUAAGGAAGCUAUCGGGUAAAAACUAACCGUUUAGUUUGUGUUUCUUUUGUUGUUUUUCUAUAAAACUUAGUAUGAUGUUAUUUGCAAAAUGACAAAAAUGAUAGGCUUCGUGUAAAUGUAUGUAUUUGAACUCUUCUAGCUUCAUACUACUCCUUAAAGCAGCUUGUGUUUUCUUUGAAGUGAUGCCUUUAAUUAACCCUUGUGUUAUCUUCGGGUCAUUCUGACCCAUCAGUCAUUGUGACCCACCGUCGUAUUGCGACAGAUUUACCGCAUAUAAAGACAAAGUGAAGCAUUUUCUUUUAACCGUUGGGCUGUCUCAGACCCCCCACAUUGCAAAGGUUAAAAGAAAAUUAUUUUAAUUUGUUUUUGUAUUGGGUAAAAUUGGGUAAACACAACGAUGGUUCGUUAUGAACCUUUGGGUCAUGUGACCCGAAGGCAGCACGAGGGUUAAGCAAUAGAUUUGCUGCAGUUUUUGAAUGACCAGGACCUCAUACACCACACAAACCGUUUCUACUCAAAAGCAAAUGCACAGACAAUCAGAGAGCGAGAGAGAGAAUAGCAGGGUCCAAGAGAACUCACUGGGCCAGUACUUUCAGUAUAGAUGAGUGUAACAGGUGACAUUAACUCCUUCUGGAGGUUUGUUUUACAACAAAACACAGGGACAAUCAUGUGAAUUUAGCACAUAUGUAUGUGUAUUCUAACAGUAAACAAGUUUUACCAAGCCUGCACAUGUUCUAUACAUUAACUGAGGUAAAGGUCCAUUUGUAGCAGAACAUAACAGUUAAAUAUCGGAUAACAAUAAAGUUCAAGCAAUUCCAUUAUGAACAACUGAACAAGGUGAGCUCCACAGCUUUACCUGGAUUUAGGAUCGUCUUUCAGAAAAUGUCACCUAUUUUGAAAAAAGGCAUCUUACUAAUGUGACCAUGUGGUACUUUCUCUCAUAAGAAAGUUUUCUUAAAGUUAAAGUUAGUUUGCAUACACACCAAUAACAAAGGUUGCACCAUAGAAAAGCUAUUUUACAGUACAAAGGAAAAAGGAUGUAUAUUUUCAGACUGCAGGAUUUUUUACAUAUAUUGUGCAUAUUAUGAUUAUUUUAUUGUUUUACAUAAAAAAAUAAAGAUGUCUUUCUCUGAAAUGAAUUUUGAAACAACAUUGUAGAGUCAGGCAUACCAAUCCAUACCAAUGUUUGUCCACAAGGGUAUACUGAGCAUAUAACUGUACUGUUAGUGCAAAACAGAUACUACAUCUGGAUGGUUAGUGUUAAUGAAGAGAUUAAUAAAACAAACUCCAAUAUGUAAGUAUAUACAAACAAAACAACACACCAUAAAAAUAACACAAUCGUAAGUGUUGUCAUGUCUGCCAGACCAUUGUUUGUGAUGUAGUAAUUGUCCUUGAUCAUUAUAUUUGGAUAACAGUCAUGUAAAGAAAGGGGGUGUAUGGGCAUAUGUUUUGAGGUUGAAUCAGUGGCUGGAAUUAUGUGGUUUCCUAGCAAAUAUGAUGUAUUAUUGCACAUGGCUUUCAUGCCUAUAUUUCAUGUUCAGAAAGUGCUAUAGCUUGGGUACCCUGGAAAAAUAAGAAGUUGCACUUACAGAGAUCAUUUAUUGAUACUUUGGUCCUCAUGAAUAUGUUUGCACUUAAUGUGAAUGGGCUCUUAAGAAUAAAGAUGGUUUUGGGAAAUGUC